AUGCCGGAGUAUAAAUUAUAUUAUUUUGACGCUCGUGGAAGAGCUGAGCCGGCUAGACUGAUCUUGAACUAUGCAAAGAUCCCGUUUGAAGACGUCCGAGUGAGCAAGGAGGAGUGGGAGAAAGUCAAGGGCGAUAAGACUCGUAAGUCUCUCUCCGAGGACCUCAGUGUGUCGGGAAAAUAAUGAGCAAAAUGUCGCGGCGCCAAUCGCAUCGCUGAAGUAAAAAAAGCGCUGAUUUUGCCGCGACACAAGUCAUUUUUUCGGCGGCGAUGCGAUUUUCAAUGCGACAGAGUGCUCAUUAUUUUCCCGACAGACUGAUAGUAGACCUAUUGCGGUGCUUACUAAAUUUUUUCAGUACCAAUUUCAAAAAAACCUAGCGACAUUACGACCCAAUUUUAGGAUUUCCCUAUGGCCAAAUGCCUGUACUUUUGAUCGACGGUACUCCGUUGGCCCAAAGCAAUGCGAUCAAUCGAUAUUUGGCGGUGGAAGCGGGACUGGCAGGGGAAAACAAUUUAGAAAGAGGGCAGAUUGGACAAAUAGAAGAGACCUGCCGCAUCUUCAACGACUCUCUCGGGCUUUACAGAAGGUCUUUGCUGCUGCAAACUCCGAAUCAGGUAUUUUUAGGAGUGUCAUUUUGACAAGGGAAGUGUUCAAAGUGCGUGGCUUAGAUUUUCUUUUAAUUUUGCAUGCACUUCGAGUAUAGACCACAUAUUUAUUGUUGAAAAUUUUAGGCUGUGUUUUGCAGGGACGGCCGAGAUAUUCAACGAUCUUUGCGAAGGGAGAAAACACACGAUUUGGUUAUAUCGUUACCGGUUUAGCGCGAAAAAGAAUUAAUUUUUUGUGGAAAAAUUAUAUUCUACGGUAACGUCAAAAUUUUUACAAAAGCGUCACAUUUUUCUUGAACUUUCAGCCGAAAACUCUUGGUCGUUUCUGGAAGGCGAAAACUUGGAAUAUCAUAUACUCUUUACACAAGAGUUAAUCUUAAUUUCUCCCAUGUUUCAUCAAAAUCUGAGCGUCGCAGCUAGAGCACUUUUCCUGUGAAUUUAUGCACAUAAUAUUAUAAAAAAUUAAAAUUCCAGGAGACUCUCUUCAACAAUUUAUUCGUGCCCACCUGCGAAAAACAGCUUCCAGUGAUUGAGGAGCACAUAACGAGCAACGGCUUCUUCCACUCCUCCGGUGUGACCUACGUGGACUUGUUUUUCGCCGACCUUUUCAAGACCUUCUACAGCCUGCAUCAAGAUAUUUUGGGGAAGUAUCCGAAGUUGGUUGAGCACAUGAACAAAGUUCAUGCGCUCCCCGAACUGCAAGAGUAUUUGAGCAAACGAGGGGAGAACAAGUUUUGA